AUGUGCAACCCAGAUAGCAUUAGCAUCAAUGUGUUUGCAGUACCUUCCGAUGACUACGUCGAUCUACAGGCAGAUAAUCCACCUUUCCAAACGGGAGAAGAAUAUCAUUCUGAAGCUGUUAGGUUAUCGACCUUUCAAAGUAUGCCUAGUUUGGUCUCUGUGCCUGCCACGCGCCUUGCUCGGGCUGGGUUUUACUAUUCUGCAGAAGGAGAUGAAGUCGUUUGCUUUAGCUGUGGCUGGCGGCUGAGGAGGAGGGCUUGUGGUCAUGACCCUGCCGUGGAACAUCGUAAUUUCUUCCCCGAGUGUCCACUUAUGAAUGGGACUGACACAGAGAAUGUUCCCCUUUUCCCCAGAGAUGACCCUGUUUUUAAUUUCAACAUAUGUGACAAUGUUGAUCCUUUCCCAAACUUAGCUAACCCCACGUCUACACCACGUGACCACGGUGGCAAUGUGUCCUCACUACCGUCAAGUCAACAGGCACUAUCCAGGUCACUGGGCAUCAGUGUGCGAUACGUGCCUCCAUCUUCCCGCCCUAUAGGUGUCACAACUGCAGAAACUCUGGGAAUAUUAACAGAAAGACCCAGACACGGGAUACACGCCAUUGAAGACGUCAGAGUUCGGACCUUUGCCAACUGGCUGCCAUCUCGUAUUCAGCGUCCUGAAGAACUCGCCAGGGCCGGGUUCUUUUACGUCGGCUUUGGUGACAACGUGAAAUGCUUCUUCUGUAAUGGAGGGCUGAGGAAUUGGGCACCUCAAGACGACCUCUGGGCUGAGCAUGCGCGUUGGUUCCCACGUUGUGGCUUUGUUCGACUGUGCAAGGGGGAUGAGUUUAUCCGAAUGAUCAGGAAACAGAACUCGCCAAACAACCCGCCUCCCCGUGCCCAAGCACAGGCACAAGCACAAAGACCACAAGAUACCAAGAACAGUCGACUGAAAGAAGAGCUCACCUGUAAGAUCUGUAUGGUUGAAGAAGUUGGCGUGGUAUUUCUGCCGUGUGGCCAUCUUGUCGCCUGUGUCCAGUGUGCACCUGCCUUGAGGAAUUGCCCCAUUUGUAGAGUAGUCAUUAAGGGCGUUGUUAGGUCGAUAUUAAGUUAG